AUAUUAAUUGUCAUAAAACUGCAUACAUAUACUAAAUACACUGCUCUUAAGUCGUGACAUCUCCCCCCCCCGUUUAUCGCACCUUUGCCUGUGCAUAAUAUAAUUAGUGACCCCCUCUCUUUAAUUAUAAAUUCUCUUGACGACGCAACCGCAAAUGAGCGCGUCACAAUUAUUGGCAAAAUAAAUGCCGUGUGUGAUAAUGAACAAAAAUGGCUGCAAUAAUAGCGAAAGAAAAUGCGACAAAAAAAGAUGGGAAAGACAAAAAAAACUCCGUCGAUUCGAUGACAAUAAACUUUAUUCCGGAAACACAACGUUACUCAAAGCCCACAAAUAUGGAGGAGUUUAUUUGGACGUAUUUUGAAGGCAUAAAUGGCAUAAAUCGACGAAUUAUUGCGGAAGAACGAAAAGUUGUUGCACAGAAUCGUAACACUUGGUCUAGUUUGCCCGUUGAAGACCGCGAUAAGCUAUUAAACGAUCGCUUUAUUUCAAAUGAUACACGAAAGAAAUACAACACGAGUGAGGAUUAUUGGAAAGAGAAGACUCCAUGGCAAAUAGACGACUCAUCACAACACAAAGAACAGUUUGAAGCCAUGUCAAUAAAUGAUUCAUUUUCAAGACCUUUUCAGUGGGCUACCAAGAGCCAACGAAAUCUUAAGUUUCCUGCCGUCAGACGUAAUGUGGCAAGUCAAAUUUCUAAAGUACCACCUUCGACUGAGGGCAAAGAGAUUGCCAUGGAUGAUGUGACUUUAAAAAAGAUGAACAAUGUUGAAGCUAGUUUGAAAGAGAAGCAAAUGAAGACUGCAAAUGAAAAUAUAGUCCCAACAAAUUCAGAUGACUUGAAUAGCAUUGAAUUAAAAACUAAGGGAAAGAGCUCUCCAAUUAAAAAGAAUGAGAACAUUGUAGUUGAAGUAGACAAAGAAGAGUUUUCAUCCAGUCAGCCAAAUGAUAAGGGUGUUGAAUUGAAAGAAGGAUCCAAUUUAUUUGAGUUUCUUCAAAGCUGGAAUCCAUAAUUAUAUCUAAUUCCUAAACCUUCACAUUGAAAUUUGUAGAAAAUAUCUGCUCUUAGAACUGAACUCAUCUUGAUUACAAAGUUUAUUUUCGAUUGGGAAAUAUAUAAAAUUCUAAACGUUUCAAAA